ACUAAUUAAGAUCAACAGUCUCAGCCAAGCAUCGUCUCUCAAAGUUACUCUAAGUCAAUGGCAGCAUGCAUCGACAAUCCGAAAGGUGAACCUGCCAACAAGUGGUGUUGCUUAAGAUCCAGCCAACGCCUAGCCCGUUGUUCCCUUUGCAGGUUUGCCAAAGCAUGCGGACCAAGUUUCUCAAAUCUUGUUUCAUGCAGAGCAAUCAACUGGGGUAGCGUGAAAAUUCCGGAUACAACAGUCUGUCCCUGUGACGAGGAUGAGGACGAUCUGUGGGUGAAAAUUAGGGAGAAAGCUCAAUCUGAUGCAAAACAGGAGCCUAUCUUGUUGAAUUAUUAUUAUUCUUUGGUACUGUCACACAGUUCUCUGGAAAUUGCGUUGGCGAACCACCUGGCGAUGAAACUGAGUAAUUCGACUCUUUCCAGAGAUGCAGUUUUCAAGGUUUUCUUGGAAGCUUUUGCUGAGGAUCACGAGAUCAAGAGUGCCAUCAGAGAUGAUAUAAAGGCUACAAGAGAGCGUGACCCUGCUUGCAUCAGUUAUGUCCACUGCUUCCUACACUUCAAGGGGUUCCAAGCUUGCCAAGCUCAUAGAGCGGCACACAAACUGCGGUCGCAGGGUAGGCUCAGCUUGGCGCUUCUAAUACAGAGUCGGGUUUCCGAGGUUUUUGCAGUAGACAUCCACCCAGCGGCGAAGAUUGGACGGGGAAUAGUACUUGAUCAUGCCACCGGAAUUGUGAUCGGAGAAACGGCAGUGAUCGGGGACAAUGUCACCAUUCUUCACAAUGUCACAUUAGGUGGUACAGGAAAAGUUUCGGGAGACAGGCACCCCAAAAUCGGUAAUGCAGUCCUGAUAGGAGCUGGAGCCAAAAUUCUGGGCAAUAUCAGAGUUGGAGAAGGGGCUAAAAUCGGUGCAGGUUCACUGGUUCUAAAGGAGGUGCCACCACAUAGUACAGCUGUAGGAAAUCCUGCUAGAGUACUCACCACCCCGACCGUUCAGGCGAACAGAGAACACGUAAACCAGUGAAAUGUCUGGUUCCGCCUGAUUUGAUUUACUAGAACUUUCUAGUACUAGUAGAAUUUUGUUUCCACUCAUUCAUAUGUUUCCCAUUACUCUAUAAUAAUUCUUUUCCUACAACAUA